AUUCCGUUCUUUGUGUUAGCGCGUCUGCCUGCACCCUGCCAUUCCCUCUCCCACUCGGAGAGAUCAGAGUCAGUGGUUUGUUACCCACGUCAUGACAUUGUGCAGUCAUGGCGCCGUCCGCUCGCUGUUCUUUUCAAGGCCAAUGAUCUCUUUACGUUUUCGGGGGGCGAGCCGUCGUGUUAGCAUCCUGGAGAAUUCCCAAUGUCGCUGCUGCCGCCGGUUUCUAUCCUCAACACCAUUACCCCAGAGUCCACGUCGUCGGACUUAUGUGAAAAAAAUGAGUUCUCGAAAAGCUGCACACCAUGUGUGGCACGCUGGCCGCGGCAUUGUUUUCUCGGGCGGGAGCAGUGUGACCCAUCCCCGUUUGCCUACGGUGAGGCACCGCAGCGCCCCGGCAGUUGCUGCGUCUGAGGGGAGUUCGGUUGCUCUACCAACUGUUCUGACUACGACCGACGUGUCCGGCGAGCUCUCUGCUAGCAAGGGGGCCGAGGGUAUGCUGGAUAGCGUUCUAGCCGUUCCAACGACUGCGAGCCUCACCGCCACCACCACCACUUCAACCGCCACCGUCGUGGAAGAGGGGGCUGCCGGAAAAGAUAACGGUACCGCGACUGGUGCCACGGCGAAACUCAAACAGGAGGACAUACCCGAUGUCGCUGUCCCUUUUACCCCUUUGGAUUACAAGAUUCCUCACAACAUCUUCCAGGCGGCGAGGAGGGCCCCUGAGGGAGCCCCCGAAUCGUACUGGAGCUACAAAAUGUAUCGAGGCCCGGGUGAUAACACGGUCAAAGUUCAUUACUGCACCACCGGGCUAACUACUGAGCGAGUCAUCAAACAAUACUUCAUGAACGAGAAGAUCGUUGGCCUUGACUUGGAAUGGAUGAUGAGUGCAAGGAAAUUUUCCGGUGUUAGGCAGAACGUCUCCCUCAUUCAGCUGUCCUCUGCUACCCGAAUCGGACUCUUCCAUAUCGCCGCCUUUCCCAAAGACGGCCCGUUCGUCGCCCCGGCUCUGAAGGAAUUCCUGCAGAAUCCCGAGGUCACCAAAGUUGGUGUUUCGAUCAAGGGGGACUGCACACGCUUAUUUGAGUACAUGGAUAUCAAGACCCGUGGUCAGUUCGAACUCAGCCACCUCUACAGGCUUGUCAAAUACACCGAGGCCGGCGAUUAUGCAUCCAUCAACAAGAAGUUGGUUGCUCUGAGCACACAGGUCAAGGAAUACCUUGGUCUGCCCCUUUUCAAGGGCGACGACGUUCGUAUAGGUGACUGGUCUAGACGUCUGAACAUAGACCAAAUCACGUACUCGUCAUCCGAUGCCUACGCGGCCGUCCAGCUCUACGCCGUCCUCAACCACCACCGGCAGAAGCUCAACCCGGUUCCUGAUGUUCCUCACCAUGCCGAGCUCAAUCUCCCCAUUCCAAUCGUCCGGCCAGUCGUCUUGAAGAUUUCUAAAGAGCAGGAAGCCGGCCGCGAUGUUGACGUCAACAACGAACCCGCUGACGUUGUCCCCAACGACGAACCCGCCGAUGUUGACGUAAACCACGAACCCGCCCUCCAGGUUCAGUCUGUCGUGGAGGCUGAAAUAGCCCUCGAAAGCACGACUGUAGCUGACCAACCCGAUGUCACCAACAACCUCUCACCAAAACCGAAAGCCAGCAGGCGAAAAAAGCCUGUUGCUCAAGCGAAGCUCAAGACUGAACUGUCUUGAGCUGAACACCACGCCGUCAACUCUUGCAAGCCUACCCCAGCAGGCGCAGGAAGCCCCAAGCGCCGGCUAAAGCCAAGCCAGGGGGACGAUCUUGGGCCGGCAGCCGAAUGUGUGCUGCGAACCGAGCGUGGGCCUCCAAACUCGCCCCUACCCCCGUGUAGUUCCUCCUUCUCUCUUCCAUCAUAUUCAACAGGAUGCCAGGUUCAGGCAGGAUCAACAUAGCCGGGAGAUUUGUACUUGAAAUAGAUGUCCGGUCUAGAAAGCACAUGCCGCGAAGCUCGAGGCGAUCAGCAUAAUAGAUCACACGAGUUACAUGCU